CCCCCCCCCCCCCCCCCCCGCUCCCCCAUCAGCGAGAAAAAAAAACGAAGCUCUGAGGCAACACGCCACGCAACGCAACGCGCGGGACGCGUGCUCGGCCCUCGCCCCAGAUCUCUCCCCGUCCCCAUCCGCAUCCCCUCCCUCCACCCCCCGCGGGCGAGCGCAGCGCACCAGGUGUCGGAUGAGUUGACGCGGCGGGACGAGCGGAGGCGAGGGCGAGGCGAGGCGAGGCAGCGCGGGAGGCGGGGGUGCGGCCGAGGCGGGGCGGGAGGCAGAUCUGGGGAAUCUGGCAGGAGCGGCGGUGGGGCUGCGGGCGCGGGGGCGGGCGGGGGGCUGGGCGGACGGCGCGGACGAGGGCGGCGAGGGGGAGGACUGCAGGCUCAGGCCCUGGCGGCGGAGGCUGCUCGCGUCCAUGGCGUUCUCGUGGCCCUCGGCCCUCCGCCUCGCCGUCGGCGCCGCCCUGCUCACGGCCGCCGGCGUCGCGCUCUUCACGCUCCCCGUCGAGAAGAUUUUGAAGGAUUUUCUUCUUUGGAUCAAAGAGAACCUGGGUGCAUGGGGUCCUUUGGUAUUGGCCCUUGCUUACAUCCCUUUGACGGUCUUAGCUGUUCCAGCCUCAAUACUCACACUUGGAGGUGGUUAUCUAUUUGGCCUGCCCGUUGGGUUUGUUGCUGAUUCUAUUGGAGCAACAAUUGGUGCAACUGCUGCAUUUUUGCUUGGUAGAACGAUUGGAAGGCCGUAUGUUCUCUCCAAAUGCAAAGAUUACCCCAAGUUUCAAGCAGUAGCUAUAGCCAUCCAAAGGUCUGGCUUCAAGAUCGUGUUGCUACUACGGCUUGUACCUUUACUUCCAUUUAACAUGUUGAACUACCUGUUGUCUGUCACUCCUGUUGGCAUUGUGGAAUACAUGCUGGCUUCUUGGCUGGGAAUGAUGCCAAUCACUCUCGCCUUGGUAUAUGUGGGAACAACACUAAAAGAUCUAUCAGAUGUGACACAUGGAUGGAGUGAGAUCUCCACUACCAGAUGGGUUCUCAUAAUUUCUGGCUUUGCAAUGUCCAUUCUCUUGAUUGUAUGCGUCACAAGAGUCGCAAAAUCUGCUCUGGACAAGGCGCUGGCAGAGAAUGGGGAGGCGGAUCUAGGAGCCCCGCAGCUUCCGGUGGCGGCCUCUCCCUCGGAUCUGCAUCAACCUCUUGUAAUCAGGAUUGACACCUCGAACGAAGAUCACGAGAAGUAAAACCUGUUGCUUACAACUUUACAUGUACAUUCUGUGGGAUCUGUAGCGUUGUACUCCUUAUAUUAGUUCUGGUUUAAGGAAGACAUGGGUGUUAAAAGGUUAAAAAGGAAGGGGGAAAAAGAGAGGGAGAUUGACUGAUAGGUGAUACUACAGUAUACAUUGUUUCCUUUUUGUUUUAAUCCACGUGCUGCGACUCUUAUUGUUGA